GAUCGUUUACCACCAAGAUCAACUAAAUAGAAAAGAAUGGGAUAUGGAUAUUAUAGAUAUUUAAUAGGAGGAGUCUCCACGAUAUGGUUAUUACUUCUGCUCUACCUCUUGUUGACUGGACAGGGAGAAGCUUUUGAUAUAGGAUGGUUCUUGACAGAGACAUCGCCUUACAUGUGGUCACUGUUAGGUAUUGGUUUGUGCAUUGGUUUAUCAGUAGCAGGCGCAGGUUGGGGUAUAUUUGUUACAGGAUCAUCUAUCUUAGGUGGUGGUGUACGCACACCACGCAUACGUACAAAGAACUUGAUUAGUAUCAUUUUCUGUGAAGUUGUAGCCAUCUACGGUGUUAUCAUGGCGAUCGUAUACUCAGCAAAGAUAAAAGGACUACCAGUUGAUGGGAUUUAUACGCGAUCUAACUAUUACACUGGAUACGCACUAUUUUGGGGUGGAUUAACUGUUGGCUUAUGCAAUUUACUCUGUGGUGUUGCAGUUGGUAUCAAUGGAAGUAACGCAGCUUUAGCGGAUGCAGCUGACCCAACGCUUUUCGUAAAAAUACUCGUCAUUGAGAUAUUCAGUAGUAUUAUGGGAUUGUUUGGUUUGAUCGUUGGUUUACUAAUGUCAGGCAAAGCAGAAGAGUUCAACUAACCAAUUUAGAUUAACUAUUAAAUUUAUUAAAUUUAGUCAAAAUUCAUUAAAGUUGUUAAUACUUGUAAUUAUGAUAUCAUUUCUUCUUCUAUCCUAU